UUUUUAUUAUCAUAUGUUAUUUACAUGAUUUAAGUCAAGUGAAUUAAUCGGUUACGCUGCAAUGAUACUACGUAAAAUGAACCAAAAGUAGUUUAAAAUGGACAUUAACAACAAAGCAUUCACAGGUCCAAGAUUUGGACAGCGACAUGUCCAAAUAUGCCUCCUAUUUACAAUGAUUACCAUAAUUCAUUCGACGCGAACCCAAUUACCAGUCGCCUUAAUUGCAAUGACUUCAAAGGACACUUCUUCGAAUCCAGAUGUACCUGUGUACGAUUGGAAAAACACGAGCAUAAUUCUCUCGUCCUUUUACUGGGGCUACAUUUGGUUACAAAUACCAGCCGGAAAGCUUAUUAGAUUAUAUGGAACAAAACCGUUUUUACUAGCUAGUAUGAUUACGAACGCUACGAUAUGCGCAUUCUGCCCGUUAGUCGUUAAAAUAUGGGGCUCGGGUGGUUUGAUGGCAAUUCGAAUACUGCAAGGGCUAUCGCAGGGAUUUUUGUACCCCUGCAUCGUGGAUAUGCUGUCCAAAUGGUGUCCUGUAGCCGAGAGAACUACACUAGCAACUUUAGCUUACUGUGGUGCAGAUUUUGGAGCCAUCGCAACUUCCCCGAUUGUAGCACUGAUUUCAACCACUUGGUAUGGUUGGCCUUUGUCCUUUUAUUUAUUAGGUGUAGCAGGAUAUGCAUGGGCGGUGGUGUUCUAUAUUUUAGGAUCCGGCAGCCCGGCUUCGCAUCGUUACAUAUCUGACUUGGAAUUGGAAUACAUUCAGUGCAAUUUGAAAACAAAUAAUUACAGGAUGGACAUUCCUUGGAAGAAGAUCUUACGAAAUGUCCCAUUUUGGGCCGUGUUUAUUACGUUGACGGGUCAAUAUUUUAGCAAUUUAUUAUUUAUGUUAGAAACUCCUACUUAUAUAGCCAAAGUAAUGAAGUUCGACAUAACUUCGAAUGGUAUUCUAAGCGCCGCUCCAAACGUAGCAAGUUUUCUAUCUUCAAUAUUCUUUAGUUAUUUGGCUGAAUACUUAAUGAAAGCAAAUUUCUUAUCGCUUAUUUGGACCAGGAAAAUAUUCACCGCAAUAGGUUGUUUAGUACCAGCAGCAACUGUGCUAAUUUUGGCUUUUUUGCCGGCUAAUGCAUCCGCUGCAUCUGUGGCAAUGUUGAUAGUAUCAUCGGCAAGCCAAUCAGCUUGUAGCGCGGGAGUGAACAUCAAUCAUAUUGAUUUAUCGCCGAAUUUCGCCGCUUUGCUUUUCGGAAUUAUUAAUACACCUGCGGUGUGCAUAUCAAUUUUCGGUCCUAUAGCCGUUCAAUUUAUAGUUACCGCCAAGGAUGAUAAAGCCCAAUGGCAAAUAAUAUUCUUCAUUGCAUCAGCGGUGUAUGCUGUUCCCUGUCUAAUCUACAUGUAUUUUGCGUCCGCCAAAGUUCAACCGUUCAAUGAUGCUAAUGAAAAAUCUAUUGAAAAUAAUAUAACCAACAGACACUCGAAACAAAACAAUGAAAAAAAUAAAGUGUAGGUAAGAAACAACGUUUGCAGCGAUAAUCUUAAGUGUGUCUUUCGUAUUAAUUAACUGUAGGUAUCUUGUGAACAAAACCUAGCUUAGUCUAAAAUUUUAUAAUUAUGUAAUUAUUGAUAAAUAAUAUUUGGUGUUUUAAGAGUAAUUGAUGCCUUUGUACAUAUUAAAUAUGAAUAGUAUAAAUUAUUG